AGGAAGGAGAGCGGGCCGCGGCGCGGUGCGGCGGCAGCACCGUGACCAGGAAGUGGAGGCGGCGGCGGGGCGGCUGAGCGGGGGAGGCUUCCCCGUCGCCCGCCCCUACCUCCAGCCUGGGCCCAGGCGCCCUGGGGCAGCAUGGCCGCCAGCCUGUGGAUGGGAGACCUGGAGCCAUACAUGGAUGAGAACUUUAUUUCAAGAGCCUUUGCUACCAUGGGGGAGCUAGUUCUGAGUGUGAAAAUCAUUCGGAAUAGAUUGACAGGAAUUCCCGCUGGCUAUUGCUUCGUAGAAUUUGCUGAUCUGGCCACUGCAGAAAAGUGUUUACAUAAAAUCAAUGGGAAACCCCUUCCUGGUGCCACACCUACAAAGCGAUUUAAAUUAAACUAUGCUACGUAUGGAAAGCAGCCUGAUAACAGCCCAGAAUAUUCACUAUUUGUAGGAGAUCUUUCCCCUGACGUAGACGAUGGGAUGAUAUACGAAUUCUUUGUGAAAGUAUACCCAUCCUGUAGGGGCGGCAAAGUGGUUGUGGACCAGACUGGCGUUUCCAAAGGCUAUGGUUUUGUGAAGUUCUCAGAUGAACUGGAACAGAAAAGAGCACUGGUAGAGUGCCAGGGGGCUGUUGGUCUUGGUUCCAAACCGAUACGCUUGAGUGUUGCCAUACCCAAAGCGAACCGGCUGAAGACGGUCGAAUACAAUCAGAUGUACAAUUAUAAUUAUAACCAGUACUACCAACAGUAUCAGAAUUACUAUGCCCACUGGGGAUAUGAUCAGAAUACAGGCAGUUACAGCUACAGCUACCCACAGUAUGGCUACACGCAAAGUACCAUGCAGACAUAUGAAGAGGUUGGUGAAGAUGCAUUAGAAGGCUUCCUUUCCUUUUCAGACCCCAUGCCCCAGAUGGAUGUGGGCGAAGCCAACAAACAGUUUAUGGAACAGAGUGAAGAACUCUACGAUGCCUUGAUAGAAUGUCACUGGCAGCCUUUGGACAGUGUCUCUUCAGAGAUUCAAGCCAUGUAAUUGCCUCGUUGCUAACACGCCGUCUCCGAGCGACAUGCCAGCGUGCCCUGGGCUCCUGCCAAGCACACGGAACCUGCAGCUGCAAGUGGCUUGCCCCCGCUCCUUUCCUCCAGAUCCUUAAUUCACGGAUACAGAGGGGAGUUUGCGGCCCUUCCUGUUAUGCACUGAGGAAUAGAGGAGCAUCCUGGUCACUUUUAUUCAUGACGAAAUUCCAACUCAGACAUUUAGGUUUAUUCUUCUUUUCUUUUCUUUUUUCUUUUCUUUUUGGUCCUGAGACAGACUUGUUAAUCCUUGUCAAGGAGUUGUAAUUUAUAAACUUUAAAAAAAAGAUGGUGUGGUAGGGAAACUUUUACUUCCAUGUACAAUAAAAAAAUUAUCUUUUACACAGUAGGCAAGAUAUCCGGUGUUCUCCUCCACGGUAUAAAUGGGAAUAUAAAUCGCCAAAGAGGAUUCCUUGAAAUGUCCCAAGAUUGUCAUUCUUCUGUGCUGAGAGUCUCAUUAGAAGCCACUGUGAAGUGAAACUGUGCCAUAUGUGAGACCACUCUUCUUUAGUGAGGACAGGGUGUAUUUGAGCAAGUCUGCUGGUUUAUUUUCAAAGUGGGUGCAAACCUGUUUUAAACUACUUCGUGCUCUUAUGUCCGAAGUAUACCCACCUUAGGCUGAGCGGGAAAGACUUGAAAGCAUACUUACUGUUGGCCAAUUUUGGACCUUAUCACUGUUAGAUCGUGUAGGGCAGGAAGACAAAAGUGGGAGUUCAGAAACUUGGAGGACUACAGUGGUUCCUUUUGCAAAUGGGCAUCUCCACCAUCUCCAGGCCUACAACUCCCAGCAUGCCCCAGUCUAUAAAAGGCCAGGCCCCAGAAGCGCUCGCUCUUUCGUCGCUCCUUGUCGUCGGAUGGAAGCUAUGAAUGCAAAGCACUGGAGCAGAGAUCAGAAAUGGCUUGUCAAAUUGCAGACCGGCUUUGCUUUCCUUACCCCUCUGGGAAUAAAACAGGUGACCUGAGCAGCAGUGAGCCUCCUGAUGGUAAG